UUUCUCUUACCUUCAAUAGCUGGCUGCUAUAAGAUAAUUGUCAAUAUUACUCCAAAUUACUUAAACCAUUUCACCCCACCCAGAGGUGAAGAUAGAAUAGUUGGGAUAACUUGAUUUACAGCCUGUGAGUAGGAAGUUCAACUCGCCCCACUGAAAAUCUGGGGGUGGAGUGAGAGAAGGACAAUACUAAGCAGCUCAGGUCUCUUUGGCAGUCUGCUUGAUAUUAAGCAACAGUCAAGAGAUUGCUCCUUUUGUUCUCUGCAAGUCCUGGGUGCUUGACCUGAGCAUCACAGCCCAGUGUGCUGUUCCUCUGUACCUGAUCUGCAUUAGGAUUGGAUGACUGAACGUUGCUAGUUCUGGACAAUGCUGUGUCUCUGUUGCUCCCAGAUUGUGCUGCUAUUUCUGUUGCUGAAAGGUGUGGAAAACAGUGAUGCUCAAAAAGUCUGUGGGCACCCCAAAGUACAUUCCUCUCGAAUUGUUGGUGGGAAGAGAGCUGAAGAAGGGGAAUGGCCAUGGCAGGUCAGCAUACGAGAAAACAGACUUCAUGUAUGUGGUGGAAGUCUCAUUUCCUCCCAGUGGGUGGUGACAGCUGCUCAUUGCUUUAACGGGCCACUAGUUGCAUCCAAGUAUCGAGUACAUCUGGGAGAGUAUGAACUCCCCAAACCAGCAUCCACCAUGGUCUCAUCUGCUAUAAGCCUGAUUGUAGUACAUCCAUAUUAUGCUGGAGUUGGGCUGAGUGCUGAUAUUGCGUUGGUGAAACUAGAGGAGCCUGUCAUUUUCUCCCGAACCAUCUUGCCUAUCUGCUUAUCCACUGUUGCAGAUCCUGAACCUUUCCCUGUAGGGAUGAUGUGCUGGGUCACUGGCUGGGGGGACCUCUAUCCAGAUGCCUCUUUCGUCACUCGGACUCUGCAAAAAUUGGAAAUGCCAAUCCUAGAUGUUGAUAAGUGUGAUGAAAUGUACCAUAAUGACUCCAGCAGCUCUGACAUAGAUACUGAAGUUUUGCCAAAAGACUACAAGCUAAUUUAUGAUGACAUGAUCUGUGCUGGAUAUCCAGAAGGAAAGAAAGAUUCUUGCCAGGGUGACUCUGGGGGACCCCUGGCCUGCAAGUUGAAUGGUACAUGGUUUCUAGCCGGCAUUGUGAGCUUUGGGGUGGGUUGUUCUGAACCCAACCGACCUGGAGUCUAUACCAGAGUAACUUCUUAUACGGACUGGAUUCAACACACUAUAGAAAAAAACUCAGUUUCUAAUGAUGGUGUCCCUCAUGCCAGUGGGAUUCCUGUUGUCUUUGUUUUAAUUUUUCUCCUGAGCACUUUCCAUGUAAGUGCUGUUGAUUUAUAAUCAGUUGGAAAUGUAAUUGUAACACAAGUUGCACAUAGCACUUGAUAUAAUAUUACCAUUCAACUACAGGGGGGAAAAUAUAACCUGCAUUGUGCAUAGUGAAAAGUUUCCUGGAUAUCUGACUAUAUUAACCUCCUGUUAUC